AUGAUCCUUGGUAUGACUUCCACAGAGUGUAAUGAUCACAUUAGAUUGAAUGGCUUUGAUGCUGAUGCAAGUGGAAACUUUUUGAUUGCAGGUUAUGUCAAAUCAACUUCAACAUAAUGCUCGAUGCUUAACAAUGGGGUCUCAGCUUAAACUGGCUUUCUAAUGCAUUUAGAUAACAAAGGAACUUUACCAUCAAAUCCAGUUUUUAAUGAUGCAGAUGUUUUUACAGUACUUCUGGGAACUCUAUAGUACAUGAGAAUAGCUAAAUUGACUCUUGCUACAGGAGUAUAAACAUUAGAGAAAAGUUUAGAUUUUUAUUCUGCAUCAGGAGCUACAAAUGAUGGGUUUUCGUUGCAAAUUGAUCCAUAUAACUCAAAUCUCUACUUUGUAGGAACUAUAAAAUCUUCCACAUAUUACGCUAGUGAUUUUGAAAGAUAUUUGAUGCGCUUUGAUUAAUCUCUAAAUUUACUAUUAUUUACUAGAGUUAGAGGUAAUAGUGCAAAUUCAGCUUAUUACAACUUUGGGAUUGAGUUUACCACAACUUCUAUUUACACGUUUGAUAAAUACUAUACCUCAGCCUCUGCUUAUAGAUCUUCAGUCCAAUAGCUAUUGAAAUCAGAUUUAUCAGUUACUAGUGAGUGUACCUGGUACAAUACAUUAUCAAGCUUGAAAAGAGGAGUAUUUAGAAUAAAUAGCGAUUAAACUAAAUGGUAUUCAGGCACUUAUGUUGAUGCAACUAACAACUAUUUUUCAAUUUAAAUAGGAACAAUGUCAACUAACACUCUUAUAUCAAAUAGAUAAUUGAAUGCAGUGAUAUUGUAUCCCUAUAUGGAAAUAGACCCAUCCACUGAAAAUAUUGUCCUUAUUUCUAUCAUUGAAAAUUUGAUAGUAACAUAAAGUCUCAUUAAUAAGGGAGCAACAUCACCUAAUGAAUUCCCAAGAAUCUUCGGAAAAUUAUCUGGUUCAUAUAUCUAUUAUGCAUUAGAUCUAGAUUAGUAUAUAUCUACUUCAUUCAAGCUUAGAGCUGUUACUUCCGGGGCUUCGAUAACCACAUAAAGUAACACCUUUACUGAUUCUCCAUUAGCUUCAAGUUCUUAUUUUCCAAUGUAAGAUCUGAAAUUUUCAUAAAAUUGUGCUCUGCCUUUUACAAUUACUCCACCAGAAGUAUUCCUCAAUGCAACAACCGAUCUAGAUAAUUUUGGAUAAUUAAAAGUUACCUAAUGCAAUGGAUAUCCUUUUACUAUCACAGCAUUGAAAAAUGGAACAGGUGCUACUUUACCGCCAGAUGUUACAUUUGAUACUACUACAAAGGUUAUUACUGCUAAAUUUAAUUCCAAUAAUCUUUAAAACUAUAUUGGAGGAUGGCCAUUAAGAAUAGAUGCAACCCUCUAUGGAAUAACAGGAUAUAAUCUUGGAUAUCGAUUAGCAGCAGCACCAGAUUAAGCAAAAGUGAUAGAUCCGACAAUACCAAAUCACGAUGUUUCUAGUUGUGAUGAAACUCCUUAUCCUUUAUUUUGGGGUAAAGGCACAUCAAAUAUGGCUAUAUAUUACUCUACUUUUGAUGAUUAUGGAAAUUUUUUAAUUACUGGAUACUCAAUCAAAUUAGAUCCAUUUUCGAAGACUGAUGUAAAUAAUGAAAACGGAUUUGUUUCUUUAAUUGAUUAAAGAGGAGCAAUCUAUUGGACAUAUAGACUUGAUGAUACAGAAGAUGCUACUAAUGGUGAAUACUGCUAUUAUGCUAUACAAAAUGGCAUGUAUGUUUGGGCUCAAUGUAAUGGAGCUAAUAGCUUAUCUAAAGAAACUCAUUAUCCCUUACUUGUAAAAAUGCACCAUGAUAGUGGUAGAGUUCUUUAUUGGAGAGCUGUGCCUAUAUAAGCUUAUACUAGUUAUAGAGGAUAAGUAAACUCUAAUCGUAAUCUUGUCUUAAUCAAGUUUGAUGAAACCACCUUUCGAACUGAAUAUGCAAAAUUCUAUUCGACAAGUGAUACAGCAGAAAAACAAUUGAGAAUUUAUUUUGAUUAAACAGCUGAUUAUAUCUUCGAGAUGAGAAACUAGGGCUCAUCAAAUCUAAAUCAAUUCCUACAGAUUUAAUUGUCAACUGGAGCGUUUUUACGAUAUGUUAAUUUAAAUGCUGGUAUUCAGGAAUUGCACAGUGGAUGCUUCUUUUAAAAUGAUAAAUUUAUUGUACCAUCUAUUGCUUCUGGUACACCGUCUGCUGUUAAUAUUAUAACCUUAUAUAAAUCUAAUCUCAGUGUAUUCAAAGAUUAGAAAAUUACUUUUAAAUCUGGCUAUGUAGUUAGUAAUGUAAUGGUAGCAACAGACAAUGAUAAUAAUAUUUAUAUUUCAGCAGCAGGUACCGACAUAUUUUUCUUCAAAUUAAACCCUGAUUUCUCUUUGAAUAAAUAAAGCUAUUGGGAAGCACCAUUUGAUUACAGAUUAACCAAUAUAUAAUUUCACAAUGGAAACAUGUUUUAUGUUUAUUAAGAGGAUAUUGGUUCCACAUUUGUUUCAAGUUUUAUUCUUAAAGAAUCAUAAUCCUCUGGAUUUUAGAAUUUAAACUGUUUUGACCCUAUGCUUCUUGCGCCCACGGAUACUACUAUAUAUGCUACAUUAUCUUAGCCAUCAAGGACUUAUACUGUAAUGACUCCACUUGAUAUAGAUGAAGUGGAUUUAAUUUUUGAUAACACAAACUGGGAUUAUUUUACACCUUAAUAUUACUCCAAAGAUCCACUGAGCACUACGAUUGAAGUAUUAUCCUAAAUUGGGAAUAAAGCAUACCCAUAUACUCUUCCAGGAAAUAAUUGUCAGGGUAGACCCUGGUCUAUGACAUUAAUGUCAGGAGUAACAGCAACUACUCCAACAUCAUGGGUUGUAUGGGAUAAUGUUUAAUCAAUAAUCGUUUAAACAAACACUCCUUCAUAUCCGGGUACUUUAAGUGUAAGAUUAAGAUACUUCGAUACUACAAGUGGUAAUACCUCGUUAUCUAUUAAAGAUAAUCCAAUAUUUAUAAGAUUGGUGAAGUCUGACAAUGUAACUCUAUCACAAUCAAAUAUUUCAUAUUGUUGGCAAAAUAUCUAUCCAAUUGGCUAUAGUUGUGAAACUCAAGGGAUGUUUAGUAACUUAUAAUCCUUUUUCGUAAACAAAGAUGACAUGAAUAUAUUAUUAGGUGGAGAAGUUUAGAGUAAUAGCCACCAUAUUUUUGUCAUUGAUGGUAUAUCAGAUGCCUUUCUGUAAAGAUCAUCUGAAACUGGCUUUGUUGAAUGGAUUAGCACCUAUUAUUCUAGUCAUGGCGUUCAAGAUAAAAUCCAUUCAAUAACAAUGACGGGAGGUUGGAUAUAUUGCUUUUAUUCAGCUUCUACUUCUGUUAGUAUUGAUAUUAGAAGUAAUGGUAUCCUAAAAAUUACAUAUGCUGAGGGAAAAUUAAUCUGGGCAAGAAAAUUAGUAGUAUAAAAUCCUAUAGAUUCUGCAACUUUAUAUGUCAACGUGAUAUGGGAAAUGGCAUAUGAUCCUCUUAAUCCGUCUAAUUUUUUAGCAAAUGUUGAAAUGCUAUGGAAUACUAAUAUCCCAGUUUCAUGGGCUAUUAUGUUCAGAGAUGACGGAAUUGGUUUAGUCACUAGAUUUAACAUAUUAUCUAAACCUGUGUAUGCUCUCAGUAAUGCUAUUGUGCCUAGUUAGGUUGUUUUUCAUACGACUUAAAAUUUCGUUUUUAUCUCUUAAGGAAAUUUUUUUAGCCAAAAUACUUAAUAAGAUAUGGCAAUAAUGAAGGUAAACUCGAUUACUGGUAAUGUUAUUUGGUCAAGGAUUUACAAUAAUAAUAUGGGUCCUUCAUCAGGAUCACCUUAUUACGCUUCACUUGCUCUUAAUACGUACACAGGCUAUCUUUAUUUAGGAGCAAUGACCACAGAUUUGCACUUAGCUCAGUUAGAUUAGAAUGGAAGCUAGUUCUACUUUGGAUAUGAAUAAGAAAAAUUCAUUUCAUUAUCUUUUGGAGCUGGAGAAAUGGUUAUACAUAGAAAAUCAAUAAAGUACUACGAACAAGGAUAAUUUGAGUGUCAUUCAUUUUCAAUAUAUGCAACUAAUCCCUCUGUGCAAGCAACUUACUCGCUAACAAGAGGUAUAUCUCCACCAUCCUAAGUUGACAUAGAUGCUAUAGUAGUAAUCAGUGGAAAUUAAGUUACAAUACCCAUAACAGCAAGUUUGUUUCGUUAAUGUUAAGGAGUAAGUAUGACCAUAAGUUCGAUAAAAUAUGAAAAUGGGCUAACAUCAAGCUCUGUUUCUCAACCUUUAAUAUCAAUAUCUGGGACAAGUUCCAUAACUAUUGAUGCAAGAAAUUAGCCUCCAUAUCCAGGAUUUAGAAAUUUCAUUGCAAAUGUAUGCACCUCAAUAAAGAAUAAAUGUACAGAUGUUUAAAUACCAAUAAUUAUUUAUCCUUCUGCGGUUCCUAAUAUUAGCAGAACUGCAGCUACUAAAAUCUGCAAAAAUAAUCCAACUUACCCUAGAAUAAUAGGAGAUCCCUCUCCAUAUACAUUUAUUGUAGGAGCUGACAUUGAUGAAGAUAAUGGAAAUAUUAUUAUGUGUGGAGCCAAUUUGAAUCCUAAGUAUAGACCUUAGUAAUAUUCUGGCACAAAUAAAGAUGCAUUAAUGAUCAUGUAAGAUAAUAAUGGCAAAAUUAAUUGGGCUCAUGUAAUGAGAAAAACAAGUGGAGAGCAUAACUAUUACUCUGACUGCAAAUUUAUUCCAAAUUCAUAUAUAAUAGCUUUGGCACUAUUGAUUACUACUCCAAAUUAACUUGUAUUAGCUGCUUUUGAUUAUAAUUCAGGAAAGUAUAUAUUCAUUAGAUAAAUUCCAGGAGCCAUGUCUGAUAUUCCAGAACUUAAUAAGAUUUUAAUAGAUACUGCUAAAAAUGUUCUGUAUAUCUUAUAUACGAAAGAAUCGUAUAAAAAUUCAAUCCUUAAGAUUAGUUUAGCCUAGAAUUAGCCUACUCUAUUAUACAGUACAAAUAUUGGUUAUUCAACUACUGGAUACUAGUAUUUAAGGAGUCUGUCUGUCCCGAUUAUCAAAGAUUACAUUUAUGCUAUGACUUAAGUAUUUGAAAAUUCAAAAUGGUACUACAUUGUUGCUAAAAUUAGAAAAACAGAUGGAGUUAUAGAAAAUUAUGUUCAUCAUCUAUAUAGUGACAAUGAUUAUUGGGUCUGUUCUUGCUUAAAUAAUGAGGAAAAUACAUAUUCAAGUAUAGUUGAUAAAACUUCUGGAGAAACUAAUUAUUAUACCAUUACCUUAAGGAUGUACAAUGACACUCUCUAUCCGACUUUAGGAAAAGCGAUUAAAAUUUAUAUGACAUAGAACAUUUAUCACUCAAGUUUAGAUUAUGAUUCUUAAAACAUUUACUUAGUAUGCUCAUUUUAUGCUGACUCUUAUUUAAUCGGAAAAUUCUAAAAAAAUGACCUCGCUAUUGUUAAAAUUUCAACAUUUUACAGUCCGUACUCAAUAUUCGGAUACGGCAUUUCACGAGUUGCUAAUGAUGGGAUUUAUAUGUUUUUUUUUUAAUAUGGAAUUUAAUCUGAAAAUGAUGCCUCAUAGUUUUCAAUGCUUCUUAAUAAAGUAAAUUUGGACCUGAUUGGUACAGAGAGUGUAAUGAUUAACAAAGAUGCUUUAUAUACUUUGGUGACACCUCUACUAACCUAUUAAUAAGUCACUCAGCCAAUUUAGGAUAUUGUCUACGAUUAAAUCAAGCUGUGGCCUUAGUUUAACUAGUACUGGGAAUAUCUGCAAUAUCCAACCUAAAUAAAAUUUAUUUAGCCGUAAGCAUUGUAUCAAAAGGUAUUUAAACCUGAAUAUGAUACUCAACCUAAGAAUCAAAUUAUAAUAUUGCCAGUCAGCUAUUAAUAUACUCUAAAAUGGCCUAAUGAUUGCGUAGGAAACACUUUAUCAAUGACCUGGAGUGUUGAUAAAUAUGCAACGAUCCCUUCAAUAUUUUCAUUAGAUAGCUCAAGUUAAUCUAGCACUUUAACUGUAGUUCCUACAAACUCUGAUAUCGGGUCAUACACCAUAAGAUUUAAGUUUACAUCAACUGUUGACUCUACAGUUUCAACUGAAGAUACAUUUUUAGUCACAAUCUAUCCUGAAACUUCAUUUGACUAAGAAAUAAUAAUAAAUGAAUGCAAUAUGCCUAUUUUUCCUGCAUUUUUUGAUGGCUCAGCAUCAGUCUAAUAGACCUCAAUGUCAAUGGAUAAAUAAGGAAAUCUAAUAGCUCUGUGCGGUUCAACUGUUACAAGCAAUAAUCAGUAUCCAUCUAAAAAAUCAAGUUUCAUUAGUCUCUAUACGAAGGGAAUGGCAUUUAUAUUUUGGCAAACUAUUGAAAUAGGAAUCUAAGGAAGCGAAGUUAAUAAUUGCAUAUUUUCAGAUUAGAGUAAUCUGUUUACUUCGAUAUAAUCAGAAUUAGAUUCAGAUAAAUCUUAAAUACAUCUCUUCUAGCAUUCAAGCUCAGGAUAACUAAUUAACUCAAAACAGCUCAGUCACUUGUCUAGAGCAUUAAACUUAAACUAUUUCUACAUUGAUCCUGAAUAAGAAGAUUAAUAUAUUGGGUUCACUAUGACAGAUACAUAAUUCGGUGUUCAUCUACCUACUUAGAACUCAAAAAGUUAGUUUGUCAUUUUAAAAUUAGAUUCAGCCUACACUCCUUUGUUUCUCAGAACUUACUCUGCUACUUUUCAUGCAUAGGUUUGUAGCUUUCUACUUAAUAAACUAGACAACACACUCUAUGCAGUUUUCACUUUAGAGGUAACUACUUGGAAAAUUGGAGCGAUGAAAGUUAGUUCAAUUGAUGGUAAUUUAAAUUGGGCAUAUGCACUUAGUGGCUCAAGUUCGUAUUAAACUAUCUCUAGCUCAUUUCCAGCUUAAAACGAAAUUGAAUUGAUAGCAAAUAAUCCUUAUGUAUGCUUCAGCAUGGAAUCAACUGCUUCAACAACAGGAUUCGAGCUGUGUACUGUAUUACUCAAGCUCUUAGAAUUAUCUCAUUUAAGCAGUAGUUACUACAUCAGAUUCACAUUUAAGGUUUAUUGA